GGUAAAGUAGCGCUAACAGAACUGGCCGAGUCAAGUUCUUCUCGUUUCUAGUGAGAGAGGGGAGUGGAGAUCGAGAUCGAGAGAGAGACGACAGCCAUCUUCUUCUACGAUUUCUAGCGUCCAUGGCGAUAGCGGCGGCGGCGGCGGCGUCCAGGACCCAGGCCAGGGCUGCGGCGAGGUUCAUUCAGAGCAGGCUCCGGUCCUCCGGCGGCAAGGUCCUCAGCGAGGAGGAGAAGGCCGCCGAGAAUAUCUACAUCAAGAAAAUGGAACAAGAGAAGAUAGAGAAGCUUGCACGCAAGGGUCCCAGCCCAGGAGAGCAAGCUCCGUCUACCCCAAGCUCCGCAGCAAGUGAUGUUAAGGCUGGAGGCGGUCCAGCAGAGUCAUCAUCUGCUGGUGUGUCGACCGACAAGAACAGGAACUACGCCGUCCUGGCAGGCACCAUCGCUGGCUUGAGUGCCCUGGGUUGGUAUCUUCUGUCAAAACCUAAGAAGGUGGAAGAGACCGUGGACUGAAGCUUGUGAACGGGAUAUGCCCGCAGACGAUCUGUCUAUCAGUUUAACCUUUCUUUACUUCGUCGUCAUCACAUAUGCAUGGGCUUUCAGCUCCAUAGUGGAAAUAAAUGUUGACUGCACUGGCACUUGUUGUUCUAUAUGCUGCAUCACCAAACUUGAAGCCUAAGAUGUUGUUUUGCCAUGUGGUGAUAACUGGCACUGUUCUUUGAUGCUACAUGGUUGAUGAUCGAAGAGGCUUUUGGGUACUGAUCGCCCUUUGGAAAUGUAUGGACUUGUCUGUUGUUUCUUGCUUUCGGAUUAUCACAUGAGGAUGGAUGGCAAAUUUUACGUGCUUUGUUGUUUGCCUCUGUUUGGGAAAAGAAAUGCAAUAACUUCUGUGUUAAUUUU